AUGGCAUCCACACUUCCCUCGCGUCUUGAUCAUUUGCCGCAUGAGAUUCUGUUCACCAUCUUUCAAUAUGGCUUGGAUCCGUACACAUUAUUCAAGCAAAUUAUUACCUUUCGACAUGUAAAUAAAACUUUUUACGAAAUGACCAAUGAUCAAGACUUUUACAAGGUGCUUUUUGCUGAUUUGAGACCUAAAGAUACAACAUUUGAUUAUUUUCCUACACAUGCCUUCAUCGAUCGAUUAUUGUUCCGAACCCAUAGGGACACUUUUAAAGAUUGGACUUGUGAGGAAUCAUGCAAACCUGCCUAUGAAACUCUUAACGGAGAGUUGAUUAGCUAUGAAUAUGAAGAUGAUGGCAAGGAAAAUUUAUUUGAAAAGUUUUCAGAGUGGUUGAAUCAGGCCUAUUCAAAUUGUGACAAUGUUCUAUUGAAAAUGUUGAUUCAACUGUGUUUGGGAAGAGAGAUGAUUUCUCAUUUGGGAAUUAGCAAAGUUGGAGUGUUGAUUGAAUUGUUUUUUGAAAAGUUGUUGCAACCUGCUAUUGAGUUGGUCAAUUCAUGGAAUGAAACACCGAAAGAAAUGGAAUGGAGAGAGGAUUUGGUGUUUAAUAUGAAUUUAUUGCAAGUGAUUGGAACAGAGAGUUUAUUUGGAGAGGAUAUUGCAGUCUGUUGGAGUGAACUAGAUGGAAUUGCUUCGUGUAUUCCAAGAAAAUACUUGUUAUUCAUUGCUGAAAAGUUUAGAGACAUUGAAUUGUUGAUGAAUGAUUCGACUAGAACAUGCAUGGUUACUCAAAUCAUGAAAAUAUUGAGAGAUUGUGGAAUUAAAGUUGAAAGAAUGAGAUUUAGUGAUAUUGGCAUGCAUGUGAAUUAUCAGAGAACUGAUGCAACGGAUAGAAUGAUCCCAAAAAUAGCAAAGAGCUUUUACUUGCAACAUUUAGCAGUUUGGAUUAAUAGUCCAUCAUUGCUGGAGUGGUGUUUAACUGUUGGUAUUACAUCAGAUACCAAUCUUAAACAUCUUUCCAAUAAUCCGUAUUUGGAUAUUUCACUUCAAGCUCAUGUGAAUACAUACAUUCACGAUGCAUGUGGCUUGACAGCUCUUCAUUAUGCUGUUCAUAGUGGAAAUGUAGAAAUAUCAAACUUGCUGAUCAAGAAAUAUUUGGCAAACCCAUUUGUGGAAUCAAGAAUUUCGCAUUGGGGAAACCUUACACCAUGCAUACUUGCACAACUUGGUGAAUCUGAUUCAACAAUACAAAUGAUUUUCAAAUCACUUGAAGAAAAAUAUGGAGAUAUCAAAAGAGAGAAGGAAGAAACAGUUUAUAAUAAUGAAUUCAAAAUGGUAGAGACUCUAAACGGUUUCGAUUAUGAAUUUGAGGAAGUUAUGGAAGAUAUUUCAGAUGAGUCAGACAAUGAAUAUGGAUUGUCUUACGAAUGGAUCAAAAGUCAAGUUCAAGACCAAAGUUCUUUGAAACGUAAGAGAAAUUCAAAUCAUGAUUACUACCUGCAUAAUGAGAGCUUGAGAAAAAUGAGAAAACCUAUUGAAGAAUUCGAGAAGGUUCAAUGGAAUUCUUCUCAAGUUGAAUUUCUACAUGAAACUGAUCAAGCCAGUCGGAGUGAUGAAUAUGAUUAUAAGCAUUGGCCCUUUAUUAAAAUUAUGAAAAGAAAACCAAACUCCAUUGAGGGAAAUGAAGAGGAACGCGAGGAAGGACAUACCGCGGAUGAAACAGAGGGAAAAGAUGAAAAUGAAGAAGAAAUAGACGAAAAAGAAGAAGAAAAUGAAACUCAACAAGACGAAAAAGAAGUGCUGAAUAUUGGUCCUGAGUUCAUUUUGAGAAAAGAUUUAACAGUUCCCAAGGAAAAAAUGGAUUUACUUAUCAAUGAAGUUCUAAGCAGUUACAAAAGUGGAUCAUUCAUCAUACCGAACGCUAAAAUGAUGAUUCAACAAGCUGCUGAGAACAUUGUCUCGUAUAAUUUCACAAUUUCUCAAGAUAUCUCUCAAUUUUGUGGUAGAGAUUAUGUUACUAGAAAUGAUGUAGCCUUGGCUGGUUAUUUAGUUUCUUCCAAAACAAACCCUAAAAUCCAUCAUUUCUAUUUUGGCAACAGAACGAAAACACUCAAAUCACACAGAGAUGAAUUUGUUGAAAAUCUGAAUAUUAGCUCAAAACAUAUAACAGAUCAACUUGGUAAAUUAAUCCAUGACGAAUCAAUUUUGAAUGCAAUAGUGGAAAUAAUUUCUGAACAAUUUGAAAAUACCUAUUUAACUGAAAUACAAGACGAGAAGAUUGAUCCAAAUUAUGAUGGACUAAGUAGUGACUCUUCUGAAGGUACAAAUUAUAGUGAAGAUAGUAUGCUUUCUAAUGUGUGUUUUGAGGAGACUUGUUAUGGAUUUGAGGUUAAUAAUUUUGAUUUAUGUUAUUCAUCCAUAAGUGCAAAAGACUUACUCAAUGAGAGAAAGGCAUGUAUCAUUGUUGAAAAUGAUGACUAUUUCACAGUACAUGAAACUGAAGGACGUACUGUUUAUGAGAAUGAGGAAGUAGAUUUGAGAACUCGAGUGAUUUACACAACUGAUAGAGACGAAGCUCUCAAUUGGAUUGAUAAUGCUUCAGGUUUUCACUUCCCUCCAGAUGAGGAAUAUUUAGAUUGA